AUGAUAACAACUAUGGAGAAGACGUUGGUGGUGUUAGUGCUCGUGUUAGGACUCUCACACGUGCCGAGUUUGACGCUCAAUUGGGACGGCUGUGGAGGAAGACUUGAGAGGGCUUUGGAUGCGAUGCAGAGGGAUUCUUCACGAAGAAAUCGACACGAAGAUGAUGAAAACGGGAUUGUACCUAGUUCAGGAACAAAUCGCGAUGGAACGUGGGCUAGAGUGGAUAAAUGUAAAUUCGAGCCAAGCAAUAACUCUCUGCAAAGUCGUGUAAUGUUCAACGAUUUAUCAGUGUCAGGAUUAGUGCUGCUGGUGCCGAGUCAGCGACAUUCAUCAGGCCCGAACAUCGGUGAAUCCUGUCGGAUGAAUUUAAGAUUGAAACGAGCUGGGGUUGAAUUUUCGACGAGUCCAAUCGCCCGAGGGCGAGGACAAAUGAGAAUUCGAACAGAGUCAAACUUUCUGGAGCCGAGAUUCGCGUCAAUUUAUGCCUACGGCUGUCACCCUACCAAUCGGGUCGACAGGCAGAUAAAACGCCACGACAAGCCUGCUAUUUUCAAUCCUCCUAGUCAUCACAAUAGCAAUAACAAUUACAAUGAUUACCCCAACGACGCUCCUGAGCCACGAGAAGACAUCGUCGAGCGCUCUACGACAGAAGAAGACGUCGUUAUCGCCAACGAGAGUUCCGUUUCAAGGUUCGGCUACUCCCGGUUUGAUUCCUUACCUACCAAGAAGACUUUUUGGAUCACCAAGCCGCCGGACGACAAGCGCAAAAGGCGCUCCAAUAUUUCUGCCGACUCGCUGGAUAACAAUUUUGAUAAUUCCCAGGAAAAUAAAUUCCAGCAUUUUCUGAUGGAUGAUUAUCCGUAUGGCGUUGAUUGGCAGUCUAAAGAGAGCGUUGCUCGAGAAAUGGAGGACGUUUUUCUCCGAGGAGCCAGCGAGGCUCUCACGAAGUACAUUGAACAUGAGCUUCAUCCUGCUAUUAAAGAAACUCUCAUGAUUUCUAUGGGCUAUACCAUUAGCUACGGAUAA